GUGGGUUCUAGAAGAGAGGGGCAUUGCUGCAGUACUCGUUGCACCGCGUGAUACUUUGUGGUUCUCGACACAUUUUUGGAAGAUAACAAGAGGGAACAUGUCCAAAAACAAAGGCUGUGACAACCGGGGCCACGAUCGAGAUUUCGGAUGGUGGAAUGCAAUCCGACGCAGGAUGUGACACGCCAGCCAGUUGAGAACUGCAGAGCCGCAUCUUGGCGCUUGCGAUGAGUUUAGCCAACCGAAAUCUUCUCCUGCGCGGGUGCACGUCCCCAGAGCCCCAUGCUCGAGGUUUCUAUAUCUGCCAAAUUAUAUCUCAGGAUCCAAGCACGACACGGAAAGAAGGCACAGCCUUGCUCCCCAUGUAUUUUGGCUUCCAGGCUGAGUGCGCCAAGCUCCACGGGAACCUUGAUUCAGAUAAGAUUCAGCCAAAGGAGGGGAACGAGCUUCUCUGUGUCCGUUGUACGGGGGACUCUUGCCAUGUGGAGACCCCAGCAAAGCCAUCAAUUCACAGCACAAGAAUAGAACAAUCUCCCAAUCUCCCGGAUCCUUGGGCGUUCGGAAGCAUCACCCAAUCCCCUUGCCUUUGUCAAACCCACGUAUCUACCGCGUGUGAGGGGGUUACAACAGGAGAAACACUCUUUGUCUGCAAGGCUUUCGCUCCCAAGAAUCAUUCCCCACGGGCUGCUGCAGGAUCUCGAGAAGGACUAGUUGUACUGCAGAGCACUUAUCUGUGUCACGGUAUUCUAUGUGUCACAUUGGAGAGCUCGACCAAAAGUGGCCAGUAGCCAUGGACCCUUGCUUGCAGACCCCUGAAGGUUCAUCAACCACCUGCUUCACAACACCCCCGCAUCGCAAGCCGAAAACCUGGACCAAAGAUUCUCGAAAACCUAGC